AUGCCCCACCAGCUCCUCGUCUUCGACUCUACGCCUGGCAGCCCCUGGCUAACCUGGCCCUCGCUGCAGCGCUGGUCGCGCGCUGUGACUAUCAGUACCGCCAACUGGUUCCCCUGGCCCUUUGGCGUCACCCAGUGUAUAUGGGGUUUCAUUCUGACCGUUAAAGUGUUUGCCGGCUGGUGUGUUGGCCGCGAAGCCGCCGGCGCCUUCGCCCUGCGUGUCAUCGACGAUGAGAAUUUCGAAACGAGGGAGGCCAGGAGGCUGUAUCUCUACAGCAAGGAGGACGAUCUCAUCACGUCGGACGAUAUAGAGAUGUAUAUUGCCGAAUCGAGGCAGAAGGGCUACCAGAUACGGGUCGAGAUGUUCGAGGGCAGCGGCCACGUCGGCCAUAUGCGCAUGCAUCCUUAG